AUUGUUUUUCUUUUUCAAACUCGUUGAUUGUUUUUUUUUUUUUUAAUUUUGUUGAACGUGAUGGCUUCAAGGUAAUACUAAUUGCAGCGAGGAACUUCAGCUUUUUGAGCUUAGAAACUGAAAUUGCGGAACCUUUUUUUUUUGUUGCCUUCUGUUAAUAUUCUUGAUUUGCCGAACCAGCUUAAUAGAUUGUUUUUUUAUUUCUUCCGCGUGUUUAACUUUCGAUUGAGCCGUGGCUAUUUCGUGGAGGAUAUGCGUGUUAUUUUUUCUGAUCAUUGUAUAUUAUGUGAAGAACUGGUGUUUGUAGGGAAAAACCUCACAUGAUUCGUCCAAAUAUCUGUGUGAUUCAUUCUGCCUUGUGGCGGUUGAAAUCGAAAGAGAUCUUCUAUCUCUUCUCUAUUUUUAAUUUGAGGAUUCUUUUAUUCCACUCCUUGUAAAGAAGCAAAUCAUAUAGGAGUUUUGAGUCCUAAAAUAUCUGCCGAGGGGUAGUUACUACUGAAUCAUACAACAUAUCUUGGACUAGAGUCCAUUGAACCAAGUCCUGGAAGCUCUUGCAAUACCAAUUGCUAUAGUGGCCAAGAUCUUCUUGCUGUGGGCUCAUUUCUGAUUCUUAAUGCGAGCGUCUCGGAAUAGCCAGGCAUUGUCUGGGAUCCAUGAGAUGCAUCACCAGUCUGUGCAAAAGAUAGAUCCCUACUAUUUAUCACAUUUACAUGUAUUGGAAAACAAUGUUUCUCCUGACGCAAGCAGCCAGGGAAACAGUGUUAACUUCUCUUCCUUUAAGGAUCAGUUCUUUACUCUGGAAUCAUUUCCGGCUACCGCUGAUCUGAGUGCCUGUAAUUCCCCUUCUGCUGUAAGUGGUCUGUCUUCCAGGAGCCCCUUCUCACCUCAAGGUUCUCAAUCAUGCUCCUCCGAUCAACCCCAUUCCUUUGACAACACAUGCGGAUCACCACAAAGUGGAUGCUCAGUGACUGAUGAUGAUAACGAAUUAAAGUACAAGCUGAAAGAAUUAGAAAUUUCUUUGCUGGGGCCUGAAUCUGAUAUUGGGGAUAGCUGCUACUGUUCUUUCAGGGGUGGGGCACAUCAAGAUGCUUCAGUAGCAAGGUGGAACUGGAAUCAAGUGGCUGAAAUGAUUCCUAGACUAAAUCUUCGGGAUACACUCAUCCAUUGUGCCCAAGCAAUUCAUGAUUCUGAUCUAAAUGUGGCAACCUUAUUUAUGGAUGUUUUAGGGAAGAUGGUUUCUGUCUCUGGUGAUCCAGCCCAGAGGUUGGGCGCUUACUUGUUGGAAGGGCUUAGAGCAAGGUUGGAACGAUCUGGGAGUGCAAUAUACAAGGCCCUAAAAUGCGAAGAACCAACAAGCUCUGAACUCAUGUCCUACAUGUCUGUUCUAUUCCAAAUCUGCCCGUACUUUAAAUUUGCUUACACCUCUGCCAAUGCUAUCAUUUGGGAGGCCAUGGUAAAUGAACCGAUAAUCCACAUAAUUGAUUUCCAAAUCGCACAGGGUAGUCAGUAUAUACCUCUCAUCCAUGAUCUUGCUAAUCGGCCUGGUGGACCCCCAGUUCUUCUACGCAUCACAGGUGUGGAUGAUUCCCAAUCAUCUCAUGCACGAGGAGGGGGACUUCAAAUUGUGGGACAGAAGCUAGCUCAGCUGGCUCAAUCAAAAGGAAUUCCCUUCCAAUUUCAUGCUGCUGCAAUGUCCGGUUGUGAGGUCGAACGUAGUAAUCUUAGAAUACGACCUGGAGAAGCGUUGGCCGUAAAUUUUCCAUACGUCUUGCACCACAUGCCAGAUGAGAGUGUGAGCACACAGAAUCACCGCGAUCGGCUUCUAAGGCUAGUCAAAAGCCUGUCACCGAAAGUAGUAACUAUUGUUGAGCAGGAAUCUAACACCAACACAUCCCCCUUCCUUCUUCGUUUUCUAGAGACGCUGGAUUAUUAUACUGCUAUGUUUGAAUCAAUAGAUGUAGCUCGUUCGAGAGACGACAAGCAGCGAAUCAGAGCGGAGCAGCACUGCGUGGCCCGAGACAUAGUGAACAUGGUAGCUUGUGAGGGGUUUGAAAGGAUAGAACGUCAUGAACUACUUGGCAAGUGGAGGAUGAGAAUGAAGAUGGCUGGUUUCACUUCAUAUCCACUGAGCUCCUCUGUAAGUGGAGCCGUCAAGAAUUUGUUGAGGGAUUUUAAUGGGAACUAUAGACUCCAAGAAGUGGAUGGGGCUCUCUACCUUGGCUGGAAAAACAGAGCAAUGGCAACCUCCUCUGCAUGGAGAUGAAAACCUGAAACUCCGUUGCAACAUUUUAGAGCAUGGAGCGAUAAUGACCCGUAUAGCUUCGUAGAAUGUGAGGUCAACGCUCUUACUGUUUGUAGGAACCCAAAUCUUGAAACUUGCUGUAAAUUUUCUGGCUUUGGCGAAAGAAUUUUGUCCUGGUAGUACCGUAUUAAACCUCAUAAUUACGAAGAUAACUAGUUUUAUAUCA